GGGAGGGAGGGGCGGAGAGUGAAGGAGGGAGGAAAGGCGGACCUCGGAUGAAACGGACCACACCGUUGCAAGAGAAGCAACGUUUAAUGAACUGUCCGACCACUUCAGUCACAUCUAGUGCGACUUCGCUGGUUAUUGGAGUUGGCUAGGAUACCGCGACCUACUGAUCAGAGGUGAUAGAAAACUACAACCACUACUACGGCAGUACUAUUGUAUAACUCGGGGCAACUAAAGAGGUUACUUCUGCCAUGCGGUAAUAUAGAGGGGUAACACAGCCGUCCAUUGUAGGAGACCCGGAAUGAACGGCUACAGCACCCCCUCUUUUCCCCAGGGUGGGUUCGGCUCCUUUACCUCACAACUCAAUGGCCAUAACUCGCAGUCCCCAGAGCCACCAGAGUCCAACGCCAAGUCCAACGCCAAGUCCAACGCCAAGUCCAAAGCCAAGUCCCUUUACGGAAUGGAUGGGAUAUACUUCCUCCGCACAUCGACCAAACAUAAAAAGAAAGCUUACUUUAGACUCCCAUCAGAGAAAUGGAAUCACAGAAUCAAACAACGGAAGAACUACACCAAAAACAGUAUCAACAGCAUGACAGACACCUCCCAGUAUCACGUGGAGCACCUCACCACCUUUGUGCUGGACAGGAAGGAAGCCAUGAUCACCAUCGAGGACGGCAUCAGGAAGCUCCGUCUGUUGGUUGCCAAGGGAAAGGUGUGGACCCAGGAUAUGCUGCUGCAGGUUGAGGAGAAGUCAGUCAGCCUGAUUGACCCAGAGACCAAGAAUGAGUUGGAGAACUUCCCCAUUGGGACCAUCAUGCACUGUCAGGCUGUCAUGUCAUCCUGUAGCUAUGACUCCAUUUUGGCACUGGUGUGUAAGGAGGCAGGCCAGGUCAAACCAGACCUGCAUCUGUUCCAGUGUGAUGACAUCAAGGCCAACCUGAUCCAGGCAGAUAUAGAGAGUGCCAUUAAAGAUCAUAAGGGAGGCAAGGUGAAGAAGAGGCCAGAGGCACUACGGAUGAUUCUGAAGAGUGAUGGUGUCAUCCCCCCACCCCCCGCUGCUCCAGCCCCUGAACCCCCCGCUGCUCCAGCCCCUGAACCCCCCGCCACCCAGACCCAGGUGGACGUAAAGAGUCGUGUAGCAGCCUGGUCGGCCUGGGCAACGGACCAACAUGACUAUGAAAAACAGCUUCAGUACAUGGACCAGGGUCACCCUCCUGACAUGAUGGCUGCCAGAGUGGACCGAGAUGUGCAAAUCCUGAACCACCUUCUGGACGACAUUGAGUUUUUCGUGACCAAAUUGCAGAAAGCAGCUGAGGCGUUCAAUGAGCUCUCCAAGAGGAAGAAAAAGAGCAAAAAGAAGGGACCCGGAGAGGGAGUACUGACACUGAGAGCAAAGCCUCCCACUCAAGAGCAGUUUGUUGACUGUUUCCAAAAGUUCAAAUAUGCCUUCAACCUUCUGGGAAAGUUGAAGCCCCACAUCCAGAACCCCAGCGCUGACGAUCUUGUCCACUUCCUGUUCACACCCCUCAGAAUGGUGAUCCAGACAUCAGGUGGGACUGAGCUAGCUAAGAGUGUAGUGGUGCCCCUGCUGACCCAAGAGGCCAUAGACUUCCUGCACGCUGCUGGGACAGCGGAUGAGAGGCACCUGUGGGUGACCCUGGGAGACGGCUGGACCAAGUGCAGGUUAGAGUGGCCUAAGGAUCACUACUUCCCUCCUUGUACGCUGCAGUUCCGUGACGGUUGGGAACCGCCCAGUCUGCCGGUUAUCCCCCAAUCACGUGAGGCUGAGCUAAGUCAGCUGACCCAGGCGCUCACCCACUCUGAGAUCCAAAGGCAGGAGGAGUUGGCGCACAGGCUGGCUACUGAGCAUGCAUCGGUGCAGGACUUCCCAUCGUCAGAAGGGUAUGCAUUCAACAACACAGCCUACAAGCGCAUGCACCUCCUGGACCAGGACAAGGCUGUUCAGGCUUUCAAAGAGGCCGUCUCACGACAUGUAGACCGGAAUUACGAAGCCCAUGGCGGACGAGGGCAGCCAAAACUGUUUGCCAAAUCCAAGUAUGACUUUGUGGCCAGGAACAACACCGAGCUGUCAGUGGUGAAGGAGGAGCUGGUCGAGGUGCUGGAUGACAGGAAGCAGUGGUGGAAGGUUCGUAAUGGUGCCGGGGCAUCUGGGUAUGUGCCAAACAACAUCCUGGAGGUCACCAAGGCUGUGGACGUCACUGGGCGGGGGGAGCCGAUAUACAGUCAUACCAUACAGCUAAUGAUGCCAAAGAAGGAGUUUGAGUUGUUCAAGCAACUACUGGGAGAAUUGAAUGAGAAACAGCGGACGGACUACGUCCCUAAACCCAUGGCAACUCCCGUGCCCCCAGCCCCUAGCCCCCCCCCAGCCCCCACCCCGGCACCCACCAGGCUCCCCACCCCUCCACUUCCUCCUCCCGCCGACCCUCCUUAUCCCCCACUGAGCGCCGCGAGCCGUCGGAGCAGCAACACCAGCAGUGAGACAGGCAGCCUCCCAGGAGGUGUCCCCAUGAGAGAUCACCCCAACCAGAAACCUCUGCUUGUUAACAGGAGGAAGUCCAACAUGGAGGAGGUUCAGGAUGAGUUGAUGCACCGCCUGACAUUGGGUCGCAGUGCCAACAAGAAGUUUGCUGUUCCUCCUCGCAGCACCUCCCUCCCAUCCGUCAACAUCACAUACGACUCCUCACCUGACGAGGUCAAGGCCUGGCUGGAGCUCAAAGGAUUCAGCUCUGUGACCAUCACUAGUCUAGGUGUUCUGACUGGAGCCCAGCUGUUCUCCCUGAAUAAAGAGGAGUUGAAGACUGUGUGUCCAGAAGACGGAGCCAGGGUCUUCAGUCAGGUGACAGUCCAGAAGGCUGCUCUGGAGAGAGGUUCCGGGUCUGAGUUGCAGGAGAUCAUGAGGAGGCGUCAGGAGAAGCUGUCCGUCUCCGCCUGUGACUCUGGGGUGGAGUCAUUUGAUGAGGGCGGUGGCCACUGAACCCCCAGGCCACACCCACCUUCCUUAUAACCACACCUCUUUGUUGUCAUGGUUUCUGUUUCCAGGAAGCCACGGAGCGUGCCCAGUUCACUGAGAUCAUGAGACGACGACAGGAGCUUCUGGAGCAAUCACCAUAAAAAACUAAAAACGUCAGACUGGACCGCCCCACAUUGUUAUGGUAACCGGUAAACGAUUAGCAUCCCGGCUGCGGGAUGUGAGUUUUUUGGACACUACAAAAAUAUCUGGUGAACUAUUGUCUUUCAGGAAGAUCAGUGUCGUCAGGAAUUUUCACAGCAUGAUGGGAAAUGUUCAGCAUGAAGUUGUGUUCCACCAACAGCUUAGUGUAUGAAAGUACUUCUGAUUGGACCAGAGUUGUGUUCCACCAACAGCUUAGUGUAUGAAAGUACUUCUGAUUGGACCAGAGUUGUGUUCCACCAACAGCUUAGUGUAUGAAAGUACUUCUGAUUGGACCAGAGUUGUGUUCCACCAACAUCUUAGUGUAUGAAAGUACUUCUGAUUGGACCAGAGUUGUGUUCCACCAACAUCUUAGUGUAUGAAAGUACUUCUGAUUGGACCAGAGUUGUGUUCCACCAACAGCUUAGUGUAUGAAAGUACUUCUGAUUGGACCAGAGUUGUGUUCCACCAACAGCUUAGUGUAUGAAAGUACUUCUGAUUGGACCAGAGUUGUGUUCCACCAACAGCUUAGUGUAUGAAAGUACUUCUGAUUGGACCAGAGUUGUGUUCCACCAACAGCUUAGUGUAUGAAAGUACUUCUGAUUGGACCAGAGUUGUGUUCCACCAACAGCUUAGUGUAUGAAAGUACUUCUGAUUGGACCAGAGUUGUGUUCCACCAACAGCUUAGUGUAUGAAAGUACUUCUGAUUGGACCAGAGUUGUGUUCCACCAACAGCUUAGUGUAUGAAAGUACUUCUGAUUGGACCAGAGUUGUGUUCCACCAACAGCUUAGUGUAUGAAAGUACUUCUGAUUGGACCAGAGUUGUGUUCCACCAACAGCUUAGUGUAUGAAAGUACUUCUGAUUGGAGUGUGUUGAAGUGAAGGUGACUUGAUUUGUGACAAUGAUCAGCGGAUGGCGCUGUUUAAUGCCAGAUCCUAGUCAGACCUAGGAAACACAUCUUAAAUAACUUAUUGUCUGUCUGACACAUCAUGUGAUUAACACGUUUUUGCGUAAAAGUGGCAUUAAGAUUGCUGAUUCAGUGGACAGAGAAUCAGCCUCAACCAAAAUACCCACUGUUCUGUGACUAGAUUCUGAUGAAAGUAUUUCAGGAAUAAAUAAUGUAAUUAAUUAAAAAUUGUUAAAUAAAAUUAUUAUUGUGCAAAUCUUCUGGUUUGCUGGCAAAGAGAAUGUCAUAUUUAUGUAAACCUUUUUUGUUAUGGUAAUGCCAAACUGAUAUCUUCAAAUAAUUACCUUUGAUCUAAUUAAUUGGAUAUACAUGCAGAGUUUAGAGGUUAAUUAUAGUUCUGUCUUCCAUAUGAUGCAUCAUAUAAAAUGUACUUUAAUUUUAAAUGUAAUAUUAUGUACAUUAUGUUUUGCUGCUUCUACAUAGUUAUAUCUUGUUACUGCACUCAGUUCAUUAGUGUUACUAAUUGUUUCUGCAGAGAUGAUAAAGAAGAAACUCAAACAUCAGCCUAAAUAGAUUAGUCUGUAUGCAGUUUUGCACAGUAGCAGUGAAAAUAUAUUGAGACCACAUAGAAUAAUAAUCUCUCAGAAUCAUCCAUGAGCACAGCAAGUUUUUAUGUGUUUGAGGAAGACUUGGCCAAGCAUGUAUAGCAAAGAUAAAACUAAGCGACCUUCACCGCAGUCCUCCACAGAAAUGUAUUUCUAUUAAUAUUAUCAUGGCCAAAUUCACUUUAAUCAGUUUGUCUUUUUAUCUUCAGUUUCGGAAGACUACUUUUUCCACAGAACCUUUCAGGUCACGGGUAGUUUGAACUGGUCUUGAUGUCAAUUUAAUGUAGCAAAAAACAGGACCAAGAGCAUUUUCUUAUUCCACAAGACCAUAAUACAUUGGUAUUAGGUCCAUCAGCGUGAUGGGGCGAAGCACUAUUUUGCGCUGAUGAGAUUGGAGACUUAUUCCUGCUGUUCCUGAUUCGACCACUAGAGGGACUAGAAAUUCAAUAUAUUAGCACUAGAAAUGCCUGCACUUCACUUGUAUGACAUGUAUACUAUUACUAGUCAAUGCAAUUGCUUAUUUCUAUCAUUUUGCUUUUGUAUGGCAGAUUAUUUUCUCUAAGGAGUAAUAUUCAGCCCCCGGCUGGCCUGAUCCUGUAGAUCUGGGAGGUCUCAUUGUGGGGAAAUGAGAGGGCAGUUUUGGGGAAACCAGAGAAGUAUUGACCCAGAAGUCCAUGGAUUGGAAACAUCAUUAGAUCCCAUAUGGACACCUAGUGGCUCUGCCAGACCCCAGGCUGCAUGGCCUCUGUGUAAAUGUCUUCAAUGCUAAACACUUCCGUUAAUUCAUUAAAAUGUAGAUGUAAUAUAAAUAUGAAAUUAAUUUUGAUGGAGUAUCUUGUUCUAUGUUGUUAUUGUUCCCUCAGAAAACUUUGUGUCAAUCAAGGAAUAAUCUGCAUAAUGAUUGUGUUUUGGGGGAGGUUUUUGUUUGUUGUAUAUUUCUAAUUGUCUGCGUGUAAUUUUCAUGGUGCCUUUUUCACAUAAAUAUGUUAAUUCUGCAAUAAACACAGUAACUAUAAAAUGGUA